CGAGUCAGAUACUAUUAAACUGCUCAAUUCCUGUCUCAGGUGACAAGAAAUUGACCCUCUCGUUCAGAAUCGUCUAUCUUUCGCUACUCGACCUCGGCUAAGAUGCUUUCUAUUUGCAUUCCAAACCAUACCACGCCGGACCAAUACGAGCUGGGCGAAGUUCCCUCGCUGGCCGUGGAACGCCCCACUGACAUCUUGAUCAAGGUUCAUGCCGCGAGUAUCAACCCGAUAGAUGUUAAAAAAGCCUCAGGAGCAACUAAACUGGUUCUCAGGGACAGUUUUCCGUACAAGAUCGGCUAUGACUGUGCUGGCACGGUUGUGAAUACUGGAUCCCAGGUCACGCACUUUAAGGCCGGCGAUGAAGUCUUUGUUCGACUGCCAGAAUGUCAGCGGGGAUCAUGGAGUGAGCUUGCAAGAUCAACUGAAGAAUUUGUCGCAUUGAAACCGAAGAAUCUUUCUAUGGAAGAUGCAGCCUCAAUUCCUUUGGCGUCUAUGACGGCACUGCAGGCGCUUCGGGGCUACGAAGGGGAUCUUGCAGGGAAAACUGUUUUCAUACCUGCUGGGCUUAGUGGAACUGGCAUUUUUGCAUGCCAGCUAGCGAAGAAUAUUUUCAAAGCUGGCAAAGUGAUCACCACGGUUUCCACCCAAAAGGUACCAAAGGUAAAUGAACUCUUGGGUGAGGGGGUUGUGGACGAAAUCAUUGACUAUAAAAAAUCGGAUCCUAAGGCUGUAAUCCCUCCGGGAUCCGUCGACUUUAUUUUCGACACCACAGGGAGUGCGAUGGAGUAUCUGACACUGAUGCGACCGAAAGGAACCAUCAUUACAGUGUCUAUAUUGACCUCGGGAGAUGUUCUCCAAAACUCUAGCGUGAUGCGACGAUCGCCAGACAAGCAAGACAAGGCAACAGUGCCGUUCCCUAUCCGUAUUGGCUUGAACGUGAUGGAUCGAAUCCGAGUAGCUCGCGCAUCUCGCUAUGGGGUCAAGUAUUCAUCUAUUUUUUUAGAACCAAACGCGACCGAUCUGGAUUCGAUUCGGCAAUGGGUGGAAGCGGGAAAGUUGAAAACGAUUGUGGGAAAAAAGGCAAAUUUCAAGGAUAUAAAAGCAGUUCGGGAUGCUUGUAAAGUGGUCUUCGAUGGGAGAGGGAGCGUCGGAAAGUGUGUGAUUGUUGUUGUUUGAGGUAAUCUUACUGGAUGACUGGGUGGACUGCACCAGGUUGGCGGAUAGAUUGUUAGUCCGGCUAUCGUGAUAAGGUUUAGGUGGAUCCAACACUACUCAAGCCCGCCUCUUUUAGGCUAUGACAUGUGGUACAUGAGAAACCUGCCAUACCAAACCGAACUAAACCCCUUCUAGAACAAGAUGGCGACUUUGGUCGCUACAAUACUCAAGGUAUACUGGCAUACCACUGGCAUACAGCAUCCUCGUGACAGACAUACCUAACAUUAAAGGGAAGAUAUAUAAAGAC